AAGGUGGGGCGCGCAAAUCACGGAUAUACCGCUAUGUAAAAUGGUGGCAUGAAAGAGGCUUGUUCAAAAUAAUAGACCUGACAAGUUGGCGGUGAGCAGUACCUGCAGCUGAAAUCCAUUCAGAGAUAACAGUUUGUGAUCGGAACUUCCAUUCCAGAAAAGGUGGUGUGAUGGCGAAGAGGAUUGCUGAUAAAGAGCUAACGGACAGGAACUGGGAUCAGGAGGAUGAGGGAGAGGAGGCAGGGACCUUUUCAGUUGCAAGUGAAGAUGUGUUGAAGAACCGGGCAAUAAAGAGAGCCAAGCGUCGGAACAUUGGAGCGGAGAGUGAGAGUGGUGGAGCCUUCAAAGGUUUUAAAGGAUUCUCUGCGUCCUCAACAGCAAGUGGAGGCUCAACUACAGCAUUUUCUGGUUUUGGGAAUGGCGCUGGCUUUAAGGGCCUCACUGGCCUGACCAAUGGAAACAGCAUCAGUCCAGCCUUUGGUGGUUUCUCCUCCCCUGUGGCAACAUCCACCACUACCCCCGGUUUAACAUUCAAUGGCCCCACCUCCACCAAACCCACUACUGACAUCACAAGCAAGCAGACCAAUGGCUCCACCCUGAGCCUGACUCAAAGCUCAGGCUCUUGCAGCAGCAGUAUCAGCAAUAAGGAGUACAGCCGACAGCUCACUGCACUCAACUGCUCGGUGCGGGACUGGAUCACCAAGCAUGUGAAUGACAACCCUCUGUGUGACCUAAACCCCAUCUUCAGGGAUUAUGAGCAGCACCUGGCCAGCAUUGAGAGGAAGUAUGGGGCCGGCUCCACUGCGCUGGCUGACGGAGGCUCAGAGGAGAAGCAGGGGGGGAUCCUGCCAACCACGUCGGCCCCCCCUUCCUCCUCCUCCAGCAGCACAGCGGCUCCAGCGCCAGCCUCCGCUUUGUUCUCCUUUGGCAAGGACAAGGAAGGUUCGGCCCAGGACAAAAGCAGCACCGCUCCGCUCCCGGCUGGUGUCACGUUUAACUUUGGUCAGAAGGUGGACAGCUCAGUGCUGGGCUCCUUAGGGGCCACCACCGCCGCCGCCACCCCCAGCUUCUCCCUAUCCUCUAAUGCCUCCUCAAGCCAAUCCUCUCUAUUCGGAGCUUCAGGCUCUACAGCACCCUUCUCCUUCUCUGGAACAAAAGCCGAGACUGCCCAGCCCACAGAGGAGAAUGGAGACGAGGAGUCAGAUGAGCCGCCCAAACCUGAGGUCCGGGAGAUCAAGGAGAAAGAUGCCUUCUAUUCAAAAAAGUGUAAACUGUUUUACAAGAAGGAGUCUGAGUUUAAGGAGAAAGGAGUGGGAACUCUGCACCUGAAACCAACGCCAGAGGGAAAAACCCAGAUGAUAAUUCGUGCCGACACCAAUUUGGGGAACAUAUUGCUGAACAUCAUAGUGCAAGCCUCCAUGCCUUGCUCCAGAAUGGGAAAGAACAACGUCAUGGUGGUGUGUGUUCCCAACCCGCCCAUCGAUGAUAAGAACCCCACCAACCCCGUCCCGCUCCUCAUCCGAGUCAAGACUGCCGAAGACGCUGACGAGCUCCACAAAAUCCUGGAAGAGAAGAAAGCUUAAAGCCGCAGCACCAUCCCAGCCCAGGCCAUGACCUUUUUAGCAGCCCCCCCCUACCACCACCACCACCACCUCCCCACCUCCUCAGAUCCUCCCUGCUGUUAGACGCCACAGGUCCGGACUCAACCUGCAUGGCCACACACCAACCUCAUGGUGGUUUUACUCCCACAUGCACACACACAUUUGUACUAAAGUCAUCCUGAUAAUCCUGCGCAAAUCAAAUGUUUUAAUGUGCAUGGCAUACAUCACAGCUUUUCAGUUUCUCACAAAAAAGUAUUGGUGGUUAUACUGUGAAACGUCAGUGGGAUCCACUGUCUCACACCAUUGCUGUAAUGGUGUGAAUCUUAUUUAGUUUUUGUUUUGUUUUUAACCACAGAUAUCUGAAUUGGAUUUGUCUCGCAGAGGCAAAGAAGUUGAAAAGCAGGUCACUCUCUUGGAUUCAGCAACAUUCCUUCUGGUUAGAAUACUGCUGCUGUUUUAUUUAAAAAAGUGCGAGAAACGGGAUGAUAUAUUAAUCUAAAUGUUUAAUUAUACUGUUUUUUGAUUUGGUUCUGAUUGUCAGGUGUGGAAUGAUUGCAAGUAUGAGUUGGAGCAUGUUCAGUCUGAAUGUUUUCUACUUGCGAUGAUCGAUUUUUCAGGAGACAUGAAUAUGUGAGGAGUGCGCUGAUGUGUGCAUUUACUUAAGCAUCCAUCCUUAUGACUCAGUUUUUGGGGAAACUAACCUCCAAAUAAAGGUCCAGUCAAUUUGGUUUUACAAAUUAAAAUAUUUCCAGUAACAGUUGAUUUUUCUUUCUUUUCUUUUCUUUUUUUUUUUUUUUAAGUGUAGAGGACUUGGUUGGUGUUUCCCACCUCUACACCCAGACUUGAUCUCCUGCGAGUGUGUCGAGUGUUGCUCUAGAACUAUUUAUUGUAUGGGCAGAAUUUGUACUCUGGUAAGUGACUGAACCCGUUGCAGCUACCACUCAUGGAAUAUGUGUGUGAAUGUUUGCCCUACUUUGUAAGAGCUUCUGAAAGGUUGUGCAAGGGAAGUAUGUGACAAACCCUUUUUUUUUCCACAUGGCAAUCUCUGUAAACAUGGGUGUCCUUGACUUUGUUCUUUUUCCAAGUGUCCUUUGUGUGGCCUUAGGUGACGGCCUUCUAGACGAGGCAUGUUGUCAUCGGCGUCUGAUACAUUUGUAAAGCCAUUUAUUGGGGAAUAAAAGGAAACAACCAAUCA